AUGUCCGAAUAUCGGCAUGUGAGGUCGGGUAGCCUCAAUAUUCCAACCCAGACAAAUUCAAUGAGUCCGAUAGUUCCGACACACAAUCGCUUUGAGGGCCCGAGGAGUCCACCGAACACCUCCCACGUACCUUGUAAAUUCUUCCGGCAGGGCGCUUGUCAGGCUGGUUCUGCUUGCCCCUUCAGUCACGAUCUCGGCACUGCUGCGGAGACGGUAUGCAAAUACUUUGCAAAGGGGAAUUGCAAAUUCGGACCGAAAUGCGCCAAUGUCCAUGUGCUUGCCGACGGCAGACGAAUUAAUUAUAGCAAGAAUGGCAUCACCAUCGGACAACCCAUCCACCUGGGCGGUCGAGUCAAUCCUACCUCCUAUAACUCUUCCAAUAGUGCCUUGACGAACUCAUUCAUGCGCGCCGAUGCCAAUUCCUCUUUCAGCGCUACCUACGGCUACCCAAUGUCUCCCAGCGACGCGUACUCAACCAUUGAUCGUCGCCCAAGCUUGGAGAACGUACCUACUAUCGACACCACCUACUCACACUCCAGUUCGCAAUACGGUUCACCUCGCGAGGAGGAUCCAUCCCGGCUUGGCCUAGGCCUCUCUCCGGUAGCUGCGAAGGGCUUGUCUGUUCUUGACGCGCCUCUUCCCGCUUCCUUCGACUCUAAUGGAAUUUCUAAUGCCGCUAGAUAUCCUGGAGGCCCUUGGCCCUCAUCUGUACCAUCUCAAUUCGGACUGGAAUCCCCGUCACCGUCGUUGAAUGCAGCCAAGGAAUCAAGGACCUCUGAAACUCUCAAAUUGCUUCACCAUUCAGCUUUCGGCAGCAACGAGCAUUUGGCUGCGGUCGCCACUGGUUCAUCGCCCCCCACCCAACCGUCUGACGAAUAUUAUGGUAGACGCCAGAUGCAUUCGAGUCGUUAUGCCAAACCUAAGAUGCUUAGCAGUAGCGCGCCUCGUGCGAUCGUGAGCACCGGGGGCAUCAGCGGUAUUGGAAGCAGCGGGGCAACCGGAAUCGAUCGGGACUGGGGAUCCGAAUUUCCCUUCUUAGAGGAAGAUUACUUGCCUGACAAUCUGAAGGACUUGCUGACACCGGCGGAGAAGGCUCGGCGUGGCUCCCGAGCAGCCGACGACGAAUCCAAUGGCCAUAGAGGAAAUGGCACAUCUCCGAGUGUCAUUGGUAUGAGCGGAACGGCUACGCCUAAUGGCGAGAUAAACUCGAAAUUUGGUAGCCCUAUGGCUUCGAGCCCAAGUCGGUGGGGCCCUUUAUUCCAGCGCCAGCACGAAGAACACGAGGCGAAGAAGCAUGCUGCUGCUGCUAGCGCAGGUGUAUUUGGACACGUUGGAAGCCCUCUCCGCCAAUCCAGCCUCAGCGCUAACGUUGUGCAACCUCAUAAUGCGAGUCGAUCCAGUAGUAUCGAUGGUCCGAGUGCCUUGACGCAACAGCUACAACGUACACACAUCGAUAGCAACGGAGGCGAAGCACCCCUGCUCCAUCCCAACACACACGCCAUACGCCCAUCGAACGGACGUGCCGGCGAGCGCCACGUCAGCACUGGGUCCAUCAGCUCCAGCGCUCGAUAUACCACCCCGAUAGGAGAAGAGGACGGCGAAUUCGUGUUCAGCAUGGAUGAAGAUGGCGACCGAGACAACACCACCAUAAGAACGCGGAAACGCAUGUCAGGUGUGGGCACCAUGGACCGCGCCUGGGGUUCUGGUUAUGCCGGCAUAGUCGCGGGUCCUGGGAAGAAGGACGAUGGUGCUGUAAGAGUCGUUGAAGGGGUUGGCGGUCGGUGA